AUGGAAUAUGGGAGAAGGGGGUGGAAUCUGGGAGAAGGGGAUGAAAUUUGGGAGAAGGGGAUGGAAUCUGGGAGAAGGGAAUGGAAUCAGGGGGAGAGGGGGAUGGAAUCUGGGAGAAGGGGAUUGAAUCAGGGAGAAGGGGAUGGAAUCAGGGAGAAGGGGAUGGAAUCGGGGAGAAGGGGAUGGAAUCGGGGAGAAGGGGAUGGAAUCUGGGAGAAGGGGAUGGAAUCUGGGAAGAGGGGAUGGAAUCUGGGAGAAGGGGGUCGAAUCUGGGAGAAGGGGAUGAAAUUUGUAAGAAGGGGAUGGAAUCAGGGAGAAGGGGAUAGAUUCUGGGAGAGGGGGAUGGAGUCUGGGAGAAGGGGAUGGAAUCUGGGAGAAGGGGAUGGAAUCUGGGAGAAGGGGAUGGAAUUGGGGAGAAGGGGAUGGAAUCCGGGAUGGAAUCUGGGAGAAGGGGAUGGAAUCUGGGAGAAGGGGAUGGAAUCUGGGAGAAGGGGAUGGAAUCUGGGAGAAGGGGAUGGAAUCAAGGAGAAGGGGAUGGAAUCUGGGAGAAGGGGAUGGAAUCUGGGGGAAGGGGAUGGAAUCUGGGAGAAGGGGAUGGAAUUUGGAGAAGGGGAUGGAAUCUGGGAGAAGGGGAUGGAAUCUGGUAGAAGGGGAUGGAAUCUGGGAGAAGGGGAUGGAAUCUGGGAGAAGGGGAUGGAAUCAGGGAGAAGGGAUGGAAUUUGGGAGAAGUGGAUGGAAUCUGGGAGAAGGGGAUGGAAUCUGGGAGAAGGGGAUGGAAUAUGGGAGAAGGGGAUGGAAUCUGGGAGAAGGGGGCAAAUCUGGGAGAAGAAGAUGGAAUCAGGGAGAAGGGGAUAG